AGCUUCAACAGACCAGAUGAACAUCUGGAAAAUUAACAAAAUGAACACCAUCGAUAGACAAAACCACGAGACCGAGGUCAAACCACGGCGCCGAGGCCUCGCCAGCCCUCCCACAUCGUUUGAAAGCCGAACUCUGGAGACAAACACAAAAAGCACCUUUCAGGGUCGAUUCAGACACUUCCUGGACGUGAUCGACCCCAGAACGCUCUUCACAACACAGAAGCGGCUGCAGCAGAGCUGUGAGCUGCUGGAACGAUUCCGAGAAGGACGACUGGCUGAAGGAGUGACUGACAAACAGCUUUGGGAAGCCCAGAAAAUCAAGCAGGCCAUCCUCCACCCGGACACCGGGGAUCAGGUCUUCAUGCCCUUUCGGAUGUCAGGCUUCGUCCCGUUCGGCACGCCGGUGGUGGUCGGCCUCCUCCUCCCGAACCAGACGCUGCUGUCCACCGUCUUCUGGCAGUGGUUGAACCAGAGCCACAACGCCUGUGUGAACUACUGCAACCGGAACGCGUCCCGGCCGGCUCCUUUCUCCAAGUUCUUCCUGGGAUACCUGGGUGCAGUGAGCAGCGCCGUGUCCAUCGCCGUGGGGCUGAAUGUCCUCCUCCAGAGGUCCAGCAGCUUCAGCCCCCCCAGGCGCCUCCUGGUCCAGCGCUUCAUCCCGUUCCCCGCAGUGGCCAGUGCCAACGUCUGCAACGUGGUUCUGAUGCGACACUCGGAGCUGUCGGAGGGCAUCAGCGUUGUGGAUCAGGACGGGAACGUGGUGGGAACCUCCAGGGUGGCGGCCCGGCGUGCGCUUGCGGAGACGGCCCUGACCAGAGUGGUCCUUCCGAUGCCCAUCCUGGUUCUUCCUCCUCUGAUCAUGACUUUCCUGGAAAAACUGCCGCUGCUGCGGCGGCGCUCCGGCCUGCUGCUGCCCGUCCACAGCCUGGUGUGUCUGGCCGCCUUCGGCCUGGCGCUGCCGCUCGCCAUCAGCCUCUUCCCCCAGACGUCCCAGGUCAGGGUGGAGCAGCUGGAGCCGGAAAUCGCUGCAGCAACGGAUUGCAAGACUGUGAUGUACAAUAAAGGACUGUGAGUGGUCUCCACCCACCAACCCACCACUGCACCAACCGGCGCACCUCCGCACCAACCAACCAGUGUACCACUGCGCCAACCACUGCACCAACCAACCAACCAACCACCACACUAACCAGUGCACCAACCAAUACACCAACCCACCACUGCACCAACCAACCAGUGCAAAACCUCACCCACCAACCAACUACGUCACCACCGCACCAACCAGCACACCAACCAACUAACCAGUGCACCAACUAACGAGAGAACCCUACACCAAACACCACACCAACCAACCAGUGCACCAUCCCACCAACCAGUGCACCAACUAACGAGAGAACCCUACACCAAACACCACACCAACCAACCAGUGCACCAUCCCACCAACCAUCCCACCAACCAAUGCACCAACCAGCCAAACAGUGCACCACUACACCAACCAGUUUCAGAACCUGGUUUGUGGUCCCGUUCCGUCAGUGAGGCUGUAGAACUCUGUAAUUCCUGAGCUGGUGUUUGUUAGAGUCUGAAGUCCAGACAUGUUGACAGAGUCUCUCUGCAUCCAGGAACUCUUCUCCUGCUUUUCCACCACUGAGAGGAAAUUCACAAGGAACUAUUCUCAUGUUGUUAACGUCUCUAAUAAAGCUUACCGGCUGUGAAUG